GAAGCUGAAGGAGCCGCUGAGCGGCGGCGGCGGCGAUGUCUGGGGCACAGCGGCGGAGUGUGGUGUUUGUCACUGGUAACGCCAAGAAGCUGGAGGAGGUUGUUCAGAUUCUUGGUGACAAAUUUCCUUUCAAGCUCAUCUCUAAAAAGAUUGAAUUACCAGAGUACCAGGGAGAGCCUGAUGAGAUCUCAAUAAAGAAAUGCCAGGAGGCAGCCACGCAAAUCCAGGGUCCUGUAAUAGUGGAAGACACAUGUUUAUGUUUCAAUGCUCUACAUGGGCUACCUGGUCCAUAUAUAAAAUGGUUCUUGGAAAAGUUGCAACCUGAAGGUUUGUAUAAGAUGCUGGCAGGCUUCGAGGACAAAUCAGCCUAUGCACUCUGUACCUUUGCCUACAGCACAGGAAACCCUAAUGACCCAGUGCAGCUAUUUCGAGGGAAAACCCCAGGUAAAAUAGUAGAACCUAGAGGGCCUAGAGACUUUGGCUGGGAUCCUUGUUUUCAACCAGAUGACUUUGAUCAGACUUUUGCCGAAAUGCCCAAGACUGUGAAGAAUUCCAUAUCCCAUCGUUACAAGGCAGUUCGAGAGAUGGCAGAUUAUUUUAUCGCAAAGAACGGUUGUUUAAAGUGAGCCAGACUGGAAGAUGGGAGUCAUUAUUGGCUACCUUUUAAUUUGAAGACUUCAGUGAAGUAAAAUUUGUCAAGUGUGUGGCAAUAAAUAUUAAUUUGCAAAUAA